AUGGAUCAUGAUGAACACCUCUACAUGGGAAACUCUUCAUCUUCCAAGGUAAAAGGACAUGAAAAGAUAGUGCUAAAAAUGACAAGUGAAAAGGAGCUCACUUUAAAUGACGUUCUUCAUGUGCCAGAUAUUCAAAAGAAUUUGAUAUCUGGUUCCUUAUUAAGCAAGAAUGGGUUUAAGUUAGUAUUCGUUUCAGACAAAUUUGUACUUACAAAUAAUGAAAUGCUUGUAGGAAAUGGCUACCUGAAUGAGGGGCUCUUUAAGUUGAAUGUAUGGGGUUGUUUGGCUAAAGUAGCAAUUCCUAAACCCAAAAGAGUUAAGAUAGGACCUAAAACCAUUGAUUGUGUAUUCAUUGGCUAUGCCUACUACAAUAAUGCGUAUAGAUUUCUUGUACAGAAGUCUGAAAUACUCGAUAUAUCUCGUGAAAGUGAAGAGGCUAUAGAUCAAGAAUCUAUAAAUGAACAACCUAGACGCAGUAAAAGGGCUAGGACUUCAAUCUCCUUUGGGCCUGACUUUCUAAUAUAUUUGUUAGAAAAUGAAUCUCAAAGUUUUAAGGAGGCUAUGUCAUCAACCAAAGCUUCAUAUUGGGAAAAAGCUGUUUAUAGUGAAAUUGGAUUCAUACUACAAAAUCAUACAUGGAAAUUAGUAGACCUUCCUCCCAAUAAUAUGCCAUUGGGAUCAGCAUUAAAUGGUUUGGAUAUAUAUCAAAUGGAUGUUAAAAUAGCUUUCUUGAAUGGUGAAUUAGAUGAAAAAAUUUAUAUGGAGAAACCUGAAGGAUUUGUGGCCUCAGGACAAAAAAAGAAAAUUCUUGAUAAAUUCAAGAAAUAUGAUAUUAUGUAUAUGAAAACAUCUAUGAAUGUUAGUAUGCAUCUUGUUUCCGAUACUGGUGAUAGUAAGUCUCAAUUGGAAUACUCUCGUAUUAUUGGCAGCUUAAUGUAUGUCAUGAACUGCACACGACCUGAUAUUGCUUAUUCCAUUAGUAGACUAAAUCGAUAUACGAGCAAUCCAAGUACUGAUCAUUGGAAGACAAUUGUUAGAGUUUUAGGGUAUUUAAAACAUACCAAAAACUUUGGAUUGCACUAUUCAAGAUAUCCAACUGUACUUGAAGGAUACUCUGAUGCAAAUUGGAUAUCACAUACUAAAGAUUCCAAGUCAACAAGUGGAUAUAUUUUUACACUUGGAAGUGCUGCAGUAUCAUGA